UUUGUGCUCUAAACAGCUAAUCACUGCCACAAUGACAUCUUCAAGCUCUGCCCAGCAUCCAGCAGCUGAGAAUGCCCACAGAAUCACACUCGGACAAGUUAACCAGGUGCGACCCAAACUGCCGCUUCUGAAGAUUCUGCAAGCUGCAGGUGCCCAAGGUGAAACCUUCACACUGAAGGAGGUUAUGCAUUACCUAGGACAGUAUAUAAUGGUGAGGCAGCUAUAUGACAAAAGACAGCAGCACAUUGUCUAUUGUGGAGGAGAUCAGCUAGGAGAACUGCUGGGACUGGAGAGCUUCUCUGUAAAAGACCCAAGCCCAGUCUAUGACAUGUUGAAACGGAACCUGACUUCUGCUGCAAUGGCAGAUGCUGCACAGAAUCUCGCAAAGGAACAGAGCGUCGAUAAGCCAAGCCAAGACCAGCUGAAGUUUAGCCGGCAAGAAGGUUCUGACACUGGCAUCAUGGAGGGUGAAAGCAAUGCUUCUGCUUUGUCUACCUCAGAGCAAAAAUGUGAGAAUUCUGAAGACAAAGACUUAAUAGAAAACCUCUCUAAAAGCAAGAAGCCUAAACUGGACCUAGUGUUUGAGGAAUGGGAUGUAGCUGGUCUUCCAUGGUGGUUUUUAGGCAACCUCAGAAGCAAUUACAAGUCCAGAAGUAAUGGAUCAACAGAUAUUCAGACUAACCAGGAUUUUCAGCCUCUCCCUGUGUGUUCCUGUCCCAGCCUUUCACAUCAGGUGGACAUAGACACUGCCGUUGUUUCGGAUACUACUGAUGACUUGUGGUUCCUCAACGAAUGCCCGUCAGAUCAUAGCAGUGCUGCAGUCAAGGUGGAAACGGUUGACUGCGAGGAAGUGAAAGAAGGUGACAAAAAGGUGACCGAGGAUGCAUGUUUGCAUGACUUUGAGGAUUCUCAGUGCUUAAGUGAUGACACAGAUACAGAAGCCACUUCUGAGGACUGCUGGCAAUGUACCAAAUGCAAGAAAUUUAACUCUCCAGGCAAACGGUACUGUUACCGCUGCUGGGCCUUACGGAAAGACUGGUACUCAGAUUGUCCCAAACUGGCUCAUUCUCUUUCUCUGUCCGACAUUGACGCUAUGCAAAACAAAAAUGAUGAUGAAGGGAUAGAUGUCCCGGACUGCCGAAGGACUAUUUCUGCUCCAGUUGGCCAACCCAAAGACCUGUACAUGGUAGAAAACAAAUCACGUGUAGAUCCCUGCAGCUCUAUUGAGUCUUUGGAUUUGGCACGAGAAUGUGAAAGCAAGGAGUCUCUGUUGCAUUUCACUGAGCAUAAAAAGGAGGAAGAAAUACAGUCAUUAGAGAGUAUAAAAAAGUUGCUGAAUCCUUGCUUCUUAUGCCAUCACAGACCACGGGAUGGGAAUAUUGUCCAUGGAAGGACUGCUCACCUUGUGGCCUGUUUCAAGUGUGCAAAGAUGCUGAAGAGAAAGAGAUCACCUUGCCCAGUGUGCAGGAAAGAGAUUGAGAUGGUGAUAAGGAUCUUUAUGGGGUAGUUGUGCCAGUUCAGGCCUUCUCCACCAAAAGAUAGCACACAGGUUUUCUUGCACUCACACAAACCCUAACUUCACAGCUCAGCCGGUGAAUACCAAAGAGAAUUAAGAUUCAAAUCUGACCAAGAACACUGAGGAAUCCUCUGCAUUAAAUGAAGCAGCAUCCGCUUUUCGAUGUCCAUUUAAAUUAACGCCUGUAUGGAGCAGGGUGUGACCGACACAUUGGUAUCUAUGCCCUAGCUUUGUAAUUGUCUAAAUCUUCUAAUUGCAGCUCAGUGGUGUCACUAGGAUUCUCUAUUCUGACAACCGGUCCGCGGAAAACAAAUUUUGGAAAGAGUAUUAACUUUGGCUGUUGGAGUGUUCUCCAGUAAGUCAGACCCUGUGCAAUGCCUUCUAAGGGACAAGUCUAUAUCUGAACUAUAUAUAUAUGCAGGGGUGGGAAAGAGGGUGGGAGGGAAGGGUAGACCAAGGUGUUUGCAAUUUAGAGAAGCCAUUUCUCCAAGUAUCAGUUCUCCUGAGGGCAGUGAGAAGUAAAUAACCUGGUUGCAGAAUUAUUUUUCUUUGUUUAAUGUAUGUUUGUUAGAUAAGGUGAAGAUCCUCUUGCUCCCAGACUUGAAAUACGUCCUCCCAAACUUUUAAUCCAUCGCUAUCUCAGGUCACAUAUCAGAUGGCAAAAGAAUAGAGUGUUACA